AGCUUCAGUCAGAGUGGAAACUUAAGUUUACAUCAACGGACUCACACAGGUGAAAAACCAUUUAAAGGUAUGGAGAGCAGAAAAAGUUUCACUGAUAGAGGAAAACUUAGAACACAUCAGCGGACCCAAAUGGGCAAGGAAGGAUUCCAAUGCAGGGAGUGUGGGAAGAACUUCAGUCAGAGUGGAGACCUUAGAAGACAUCAGCGGACUCACACAGGUGAAAAACCAUAUAAAUGUAUGGAGUGUGGGAAGAACUUCUGUCGGAGUGGACACCUUAGAAGACAUCAGCGGACUCACACAGGUGAAAAACCAUAUAAAUGUAUGGAGUGUGGGAAGAACUUCAGUCGGAGUGGAAACCUUAGAAUACAUCAGCGGACUCACACAGGUGAAAAACCAUAUAAAUGUAUGGAGUGUGGGAAAAGCUUCCGUCAGAGUGGAAACUUAAGUUCACAUCAACAGACUCACACAGGUGAAAAACCAUUUAAAGGUAUGGAGUGUGGAAAGAGCUUCAGUGUGAGUGGCCAACUCAAUAAACAUCAACAGACUCACACUGGGGAGAAACUAUUUAAGUGCAUGGAGUGCGGAAAGAGCUUCAUUCAGAUUGGAAACCUUAGAAUACAUCAACGGACUCACACAGGGGAGAAACCAUUUGAAUGCAGGGAGUGUGGAAAGAACUUCAGUCGGAGUGGAGACCUUAGAAGACAUCAGCAGACUCACACAGGGGAGAAACCAUAUAAAUGUAUGGAGUGCGGAAAGAGCUUCCGUCAGAGUGGACAACUCAAUAAACAUCACCAGACUCACACUGGGGAGAAACCAUAUAAAUGUAUGGAGUGUGGGAAGAGCUUCAGUCAGAGUGGACACCUCAUUAUGCAUCACCAGACUCACACAGGGGAGAAACCAUAUAAAUGUAUGGAGUGUGGGAAGAGCUUCAGUAAGAGUGGACACCUCAAUAUACAUCAACGGACUCACACAGGGGAGAAACCAUAUAAAUGUAUGGAGUGUGGGAAGAGCUUCAGUAUGAGUGGACACCUCAAUAUACACCAUCGGAUUCAUACAGGGGAGAAACCAUUUGAAUGCAUGGAGUGUGGAAAGAGCUUCACCCGUGGUGGACUCCUCAAUAUACACCAGCGGACUCACACAGGGGAAAAACCAUAUAAAUGCAUGGAGUGUGGAAAGAGCUUCCGUCAGAGUGGACACUUAAGUAGACAUCAACGGACUCACACGGGUGAAAAACCUUUUAAAUGCAUGGAGUGUGGGAAAAGCUUCAGUCGGAGUGGACACUUAAGUUCGCAUCAACGGACUCACACGGGUGAAAAACCAUAUAAAUGUAUGAAGUGUGGAAAGAGCUUCAGUAAGAGUGGACACCUCCAUAAACAUCACCAGACUCACACAGGGGAGAAACCAUAUGAAUGCAAGGAGUGUGGGAAGAGCUUCAGUCAGAAUGGAGACCUUAAAUUACACCAGCGAACUCAUACAGGUGAAAAACCAUAUAAAUGUAUGGAGUGUGGAAAGAGCUUCAGUCAGAGUGGACACCUCAAUGUACAUCAUCGGAUUCAUACAGGGGAGAAACCAUUUGAAUGCAUGGAGUGUGGAAAGAGCUUUAGUGAAAGUGGAGGCCUUAGAAUACAUCAACUGACUCACACAGGGGUGAAACCAUUUAAAUGCAUGGAGUGUGGAAAGGGCUUCAGGCAGAGUGGAACCCUUAAAAUACAUCAACUGACUCACACAGGGGAGAAACCAUAUAAAUGCAAGGAGUGCGGAAAGAGCUUCAGUUUAAGUGCAUCCCUUAGAUUACACCAACGGACUCACACAGGAGAGAAACCAUAUAAAUGUAUGGAGUGCGGAAAGAGCUUCAGUCAGAGUGGACAACUCAAUAAACAUCACCAGACUCACACAGGCGAGAAACCAUUUAAGUGCAUGGAUUGCGGAAAGAGCUUCAGUCAGAAUGGAGGACUUAAGUUACACCAGUGGAAACACACAGGAGUGAAACCAUAUAAAUGUAAGGAAUGCGGAAAGAGCUUCAGUGUCAAUGCAACCCUUAGAAGACAUCAAUGGUUGGAAGAAUCCUGGAGUCAUGGCAAUUAG